AGGAUACACACGAAAGGAGACAAUCGUGGACUUGGUGCUGCUGCUGAUGAUGGUGAAGAUAGUGGAAAUAUGGACCCGCGUAGCGGUGGUGUUGGCCGUGUUUGCGUCGCUAGCCGCUGGACAAAACAUCGUCUGCUACUACGAUAGUGUUGCGGCCGGGUACAGCACUCCGACGGUACCGCAGGAUCUCGCCGGAACCAACUGUACGCACUACAUCUACGUUGGGGUUGGCGUAACGACCCAGGGGAGUGUCCGGAUAUUGAGCAACUACGAUACAUCAUCCGGAUUUACCGCAUUCCAAGCUCUGCGCCCUAGUGAUAAUUCCGUGAAGCUGUACAUUCAGAUCGGCACGGACCGGGAGAGCACUUAUAGCCUGAAGCAGGCAGUGUCCUCAUGCCUCGAUAAGUUGGUCAACAAUGUGGCUAUCUUUUUGGAGCAAUACAACUUCGAUGGAGUGGAAAUUGACCGGCGAACGAACGAUUUGGAUAAGGCAUCACUGGCCAGGCUCGUGAUUCGACUCCGGGCGAGACUGUACAUGGUAAACAAGGAGCUGAUAGUGUCGGUACCGGCCGUGUGGAACGAUGCGUACGACGUUAUCUCCCUGAGCCUCUACGCCGACUGGAUCAAUGUGCACGGUUACAAUUUUACCGGCAGCUCAUCCACGGCCACGGCCCUUCUUGCACCGUUGUUCUCAAACCCACCAUCGACCAUCGUCAGUGUGAAUUCCACGAUCACGACACUGCUGGCGGCGGGUAUACGGCGGAACAAGAUAAACCUUGUGCUGCCAACGUUCGCCCGGACGUACCUGUUGGCCAGUGAGAGCCAGCGGGGUGUGGGAGUUCCUGCAACGGGCCCUGGUCCAGCCGGAACCAAUACAAAUCGUGCUGGCGUGCUGGCACGCUACGAAGCUUGCGGACGGAUCACGAACGCCCAGACCGGCAACUAUACGGCCGUCGAUGACCUGACCGCGGCGACCUGGUACUACUAUCUGCGCACCAAUUGGCUCACCCUCGACACGGAGGACGCACUGGCGGCGAAGGUCACGUACGUCAAGGAUAACGGGCUGGCCGGUGCCGGCAUCUUUAGCCUCGAGCUGGACGAUGUGAACAAUACGUGCCAGACCAGCGGUGGUGCAUUCCCGGUGCCGGCCCUGGUCAGGAACUAUCUGUUCGACGAAUGAUGGUCCGCCUAGUUUCGGUAAUAAAUCGCAAGUCCUUGACCAGGACCCUUCAAUCUUU